UUGCAAACCCAAAUCUGGGAUUUGAGUUUCUCUCUCAAACUUCAUCUUAUUCCUCCUUUCCUCCUCCCUGCUCAUCCUCCUUCUUUCUUCUUCUUAUUCUUUCUCUCUCGUUCUCUUCUCCCUUCUUCUUCCUCUUUCAAACCCAGAUCUGGGUUUUCUCAGUCGGAAUCAAUGCCUUUUGCGACGGCGAAUCAGUGGCAGGAAAAAGCUAGUGGUUUUUUUUAAUUGCGAAUUUUGUCGAUCUAGAGGGGCAUAGUGAAAUCUUGUCCAAAGAUUUCGAGUGCUGGCUUGAAUUCGUGUGUUUGGAUCAAAAUCUGGUUUCAAUGAAUGUCAAUUUCAUGGGUAGCAGCCACGUCUUGGUCAAAGAAAAUGUAAGCUUUAGCUAUGAGAACAUAGAAGAGAGGAAAGGUAGGAACGGUUUCAAAAGGAGUUCGAGUUUGGAGAAUUUGCAAAGGGAAGAUAGUGAGGAAGUGAAUGUUAGGGCUACAAGCAAGUACCUUGGGAGCUUGCUGAACCAUUUCUUGUCGAAAAUGUAUCACAUUUUGCAAACAAGACGAGCCCCAACAGUGAUAAAUCCUGGCAGAAACAGAAGAGGAAAGAGAAGUAGCGGUAGCCAAGGAGGAAGUGGGAGCCUGAGCAUUUUUUGAAGAUCGUUGAUUGCUCUCCCACCCCAAAAAGACCUUUGCAGGGUCUAUGGAAGAAGGCAUUGGUUCCAACUGAGAAAAACCUAGAUCUGGGUUUGAGAGAGGAAGAAGAAGGGAGAAGACAGAGAGAGAAAGAAUAAGAAGAAAAAAGAAGAAGGAUGAGCAGGGAGGAGGAAGGGAGGAAGAAGAUGAAGUUUGAGAGAGAAACCCAAAUCCCAGAUCUGGGUUCGUAGAGGUAAGGGAAAAGGAAAGGUAAAGGAGAGAAAGUAAAAGAGGAAGAAGAGAUGACGUGGAUGAAAAAAAAAUAUCAUUAUUUUUA